AUGGACGGAGCAGCCGCCAUGGACGGAGCAGCCGCCAUGCGGGAAGAAUCAGGGUUUACAAUUCCCGAGUUUCUUAUACUUGAGAAUCUGGCAAUUUCUCUAGCACGGAAGCUAAUAAGUUGCGGUGGCGCUUAUUUCUGGAGCGCAUACGAGAAAGACACAAGAAUUGAUUCGUUCAAGAUUUUACAGGAAGCAUUUUAUUCAUCCGUUAGAAAGAAGUUUCGCCAAUGUGUUUUUGACUAUAGGAUGGUGAUGGCCUUUUACCGCAUCCGAAAAGAGGGAAGAGGAAAGAAAACAGCGAAGAAAAAAAGGCACAACACAAAAGAUGCAGAUAGGACGAUGCCAGCUGUCGAGGGCUGCAUAAAAAGCCUAAACUUACCACCGAGCAUGAUGCUCGCAACUCAGCAACACGUUGGUACUUUCCAAAGCACAAAGUUCGAAAACACCAUGGAAUCGAGUAGAAGUGAGAGUACAAUGGAUUUCGACCAGCCCGGCCACGAACACACAACAAUACCGACCAGCACCCCUCGAACCCUGCGAUCAGCAACCAAGAACAAGGAAGCAGCUUUGACUUAUCAGUCCCUGCCCCAAUUGGCCGAACAAUUUGGAAAAGACUUCGGCCUCACUGAUGCGGAAUUGGGGCCCUUAUCGAAUACGGUAGACUAUCAAGCACACCAACUUAUGGAAAAAAGGUCUGGGAUACCCUGGAAAGAUUACACUUAUAAGGAAAAAGAUUGUUGUUUGGAAUCAACACAAAUAAUGAUUAGGGUAAUGACCAAAAAGACUGUCCCACGGGCUAGCCUUGAGUCGAUGAUAUCGUGGCUCAUAGAUACACGAAUCCAUGCUCAAGGAGAGAAAGUGAAGGAAAAGAAGGCAGCAGCUAUCUAUAUCGACAAGAAGAAUCCACACGUACUACCAAGCAGGAGCCCGACAGCACCCGACUCUUCAUCUGCUAUCCAUAGCACGCACUUUGAUGCUACUGGUAACACGAAAGCCGAUGCUGAUAAGUCCCACGCCAAAGUCAGAAGAUUCGACCCUAUCAGAGACAUUUGA